GCGGGGCUGGCAGCAGGGGCGUGGCUUGAGGCAGAGACAUCCCCAGACUCGAGGAGGAAACGAGGCGGCGCGAGCUUCGCGCGGGGGCUGGGCCUGCGGCGCAUGGCGGGGCGCGAGCGGCACGCGGCCGGGGACGGGCCCGAGUGACGUCACGCGCCGGCGGCCCGCCCCCUCGCGCCUCCCGUCGGCCCCGCCCCCUCGCGCCUCCCGUCGUCCCGCGCUCUGUGGAGACGCCAAGAUGGCGGCGAGUCAGUACUUCGGCUUUUCGCAGGGCGCCGGCCCGCAGUACAGCGCCCCGCCUCCCGCGGCCUCUCCGCUCCCUGCUGCCGGAGCCAGCGUCGCCGCGCAGCCUGCUCCUGGAAUGGGCGCCGCCGUGACCCCGACGUUUCCCGAGGCCGCCCAGCCGCCCAGGCCCGUCACCCCGGCGGAGUGUGGUGGGUACCAGCCCGACUCCGGCCAGGACUUCAGCUACGGCGGCCAGGAGCCCGCCCCGGCGCCCUCCUCCCAGGACAGCUCUGGACCGUCAGCAGCCGCCGGUAGCCUUGAGAACGAACGGCCUCAGCUCCCUGCGGCAGCCCCGCUGGGUCAGCCAGGGCCAAGCUACCCAGGCUGUGAUGCGGCGGAACCCUCAGCAGCCAGUCCUCACGAUCCUCCACCGCUGCCCCAGCAGAUGCAGCCCUCCCCACUCCCAAAGCCCGAGGACUCGUCCCCGGAGGCCGGCUCAGGCAGCAGUCCGGGGGCCAGUCCUGGCGACGGCUUCGCCAAGAAGUCCCCGGCUCCUGCCAAGCCGCUGAGAGCCAGGGCCCGGCCCCGGCAGACCCGGCUGCACUACUGCAACGUCUGCAAGAUCAGCUGCCCUGGGCCCCAGACCUACCGUGAGCACUUGGAAGGGCAGAAGCACAGGAAGAAAGAGGCGGCUCAGAACCUGGGCGUCUGGUCCCGCGGCAGCCUGCGCGGGGUGCAGGCCCAGCUGCACUGCGACCUGUGUGCUGUGUCCUGCACUGGUCCGGAGGCCUACGCCGCCCACAUCCAGGGCGCCAAGCACCGCAAGGUCUUCAAGCUGCACACCAAAUUGGGGAAGCCCAUCCCCCACAUAGAACCAGUGCCGGAGACCUGCAGCUCGGCCCCCGCCACCUGCACCAGCGAGCAGGCCCCCGCCACCACGGAGAGCCCCCCCGCCAGCCCCAGCAGCCGGCCAGAGCUGCCCGAGAAGCCAGCGGCCUCGAAGACCACUCAAGCAGGACCUCCUGAGCCGCAGGCAGCAGGCAGCAGACCCCUGGAAGGGAAAUCAGCACACCCCAAAUCAGUGGGGCCGAAAGAGCCGCCCACCCGAGGAGGCUCUGCGGAAGCUUCUGGAAGCUGCUGUGAUGCACAGCCGGUGGGCCUAGGCUUCGUGGAAGAGGUGUACAACGAGGAGGGCAAGGUGGUCCGCUUCUACUGCAGGCUGUGCGAGUGCCGCUUCAACGACGCCCACGCCAGGGACCUCCACGUGCGGGGGCGCCGACACCGGCUACAGUUCCAGAAAAAGGUGAACCCUGACUUUCCGUUGGCGAUCCAGCCCAGCAGCAGGACCCUGCGUCUGCUGGAGGAGCGCGCGCGGAGGCAGAGGCUGCUGGCCCGGAGGCAGCUGGAGGGGCUGCGGCGCUGGCACGCGGAGAUGAGAGCAAUUCCAGAGUGUUUUCUGACACGGUAUUCGAUUCACGGAAGAUCGUGGCAGCGUCUGAGCUGGGGAACGAGGCCCAGGACAGACCUGGGGCUGCGGCCGCUCGGGCGCCAAGACCUGUGCAGGAGGCAGCUAGAGGAGGAGCUGGAGGCCCAGGACGAGCACCCAGGACACUCGCCGCCCGACCAGCACCUUCCUCCCCGCAGGAGCAGGCCGGGCGCGCCCGCCGACACGCCUCUGGACCUCUCAGCCUAUGCAAGACAUGUGCACCUCUCCUCGCAGCCCACACGACGGCCGGAGUCCAGCGACGACCGGCAUGUCCUGUGCAAACACGCUGCCAUCUACCCCACGGAGGAGGAGCUCCUGGCCGUCCAGAAGGCCGUCUCCCACACGGAGCGCGCCCUCAAGCUGGUGUCCGACACGCUGGCCGAGGAGAAUUCCGGAAGCCCGGAGCAGGAGGGCAGGGAGCACAGCGGCAUCGACCCCUCUGCUCGGAUCCUGAAGGGCGUGAUGCGGGUCGGCCUCCUGGCGAAAGGCCUCCUCCUGCGGGGAGACAGGAGCGUGCAGCUGGCCCUGCUCUGCUCCCAGAAGCCCACGCACAGCCUGCUGCAGAGAGUCACGGAGCAGCUGCCCCAGCAGCUCCCGAUGGUGACGGAGGACAAGUACGAGGUCUCCUCCGACCCUGAGGCCAACAUCGUCAUCUCCUCCUGCGAGGAGCCCAGGAUGCAGGUCACCGUGUCCGUCACCUCGCCCCUGAUGCGGGAGGACCCCUCCGUGGAUCAAGAAGGAGUGGAGGCGCCUGAGCCCGACCCGGGAGAUGUCCUGAGCCCGGAGAAGUGCCUCAAGUCGCUGGCCGCCCUGCGCCGCGCCAAGUGGUUCCAGGCACGAGCCAGCAGCCUGCAGCCGUGUGUGAUCGUCAUCAGAGUCUUCCGGGAACUCUGCCAGCGCGUGCCCACCUGGGGCGCCCUGCCGGACUGGGCCAUGGAGCUGCUGGUGGAGAAGGCUCUGAGCAGUGCGACCGGGCCCCUGAGUCCCGGGGACGCCGUGAGACGGGUCCUGGAGUGCGUGGCCUCGGGGACGCUCCUAAUAGACGGGCCCGGGCUCCAGGAUCCGUGCGAGAGAGAGCAGACGGACGUCCUGGGGCCCAUGAGCGCCCAGCAGCGGGAGGACGUCACGGCCAGCGCGCAGCACGCGCUGCGCCUGCUGGCGUUCCGGCAGAUCCACAAGGUCCUGGGCAUGGACCCCCUGCCGCCCCCCAAGAGCAGGCCCGGGGCGCGCUUCCGGAAGAGGCUGCGGGAGGCAGCUGAGGCGGCGGAGGACGAGGGCCCGAGGAAGCGGGGCCGGCAGGGCGGGGAGGGGCCCGUGUGAGCGGCCUCGCCCCCGGACGGACCUGCUGCCGCCGAGUGGAGUGGCCGAGUCAUCCCCGGCGUUGGACACUCGGGAUUUCCGUUUGAGUAACGUUCUGUGGGUUUCCUUAAAAACACUUGUGCUGGAUCAUU